UGUGAUGGGGUUUUUGUUUUGUCUGUUUUGUGUUGUAGGUAAUUUUUAGCCUAUAUGUUUUCACACAACUAUGCUACCAAGCAAUCUCAGUUCAAUGAAUAAAGGGAGAGGUGAUUGUAUUGCCAACGUGAUCAGGCAAGAAUUUUGCUGAAAAAUAUUUGUUACAUGCUUUCAGGGCUGUUUUUUGUUUGGUUUUUGCUUCUUCUAGCAGUAAUAGGCAUUUUUAAGGAUAAGAGUAAGGAGGGAGUUGGAGAGAUUCUUUUGGAUCAUGAACAUAAGGGCAUAAGAUUGUCUCCUGGUUGCGGAGCUGCUCCCAGCAGGAUGCAGUCAGUGGAAAGUGAACUUCAAGGAACAGUGAGCAUGGAGGGCAGACAGUGGCUCAGGUACAGACUUGUACAAGAGUACAGUGGGAACAAAAGCAGCGCUUUAAUUUGGAGCUGUGCGUGGAGAAACACUGCUUUGUAACACAGGUGACCUCUCCCUGUGAAUCAGAGGCUGGAGAGGAGUCUGAAGCUUAGCAAGUCCUUUGCCUGACUUCACUGCCAAGGGCACAGCACGAUUCCCUAUUCCGGGCUCUCAGGAGCAUGACGCUGUCGAGGGCUGGAUGCUGCUGGGGCUGCUCACGCCAGAUUCGCCAGAGCACCAAGGAGACGUGCGCCAGGCGUUGGUCACCUUUGUGUCAUUGCACGCUCUCCAAGCUGGGAGGAGCUCACAUGCCCUAAAUCGCAUCUCACUUCAGGCUGAGGCACCGACUUUACAGGAUCUGGUCUCCCCUCGCUUAUCCAAUGCCUUGCCUCAAAGCGCGUACCUACGGACUGCUGCCUCCGAGGGCACCUCGGGAGGCGACGGCAGCUGCGGUCCCGCUGCAUCCCCGUACCCUGCUGCCAUCCUCCCUCCCCGCGCACCUUUCGGGCCGCCUCCGAGCACCCGGCACCACCCCUCCGCCGGCGCGGGGCUAUAAAUGAGGGAGGCUAGGAGCGGUGUACAGUGCUGGAGCAAUGGGGAAUCGUGUCACUCGCGGGGACUUCGAGUGGGUCUAUACAGAGCAGCCCCACACGCAGCGCAGGAAGGAGAUCCUGGCAAAAUAUCCAAGGAUCAAGGCUCUGAUGGGACCAGAUCCACAUUUGAAAUGGAUUGUAUCUGGAAUGGUUUUCAUGCAGUUUCUAGCAUGCUAUCUGGUGAAAGACUUAUCUUGGAAAUGGAUUUUCUUCUGGGCUUAUGCUUUUGGGGGUUGCAUCAACCAUUCAUUGACCCUAGCCAUCCACGAUAUUUCACACAACGUUGCCUUUGGGAACAAGCAGGCCAAGUGGAACCGAUGGUUUGCAGUCUUUGCCAACUUGCCAGUUGGUGUCCCUUACUCUGCUUCCUUCAAGAAAUACCACAUAGACCACCAUCGGUACCUUGGUGGGGACAGCCUGGAUGUGGACAUUCCCACGGAUUUUGAAGGCUGGUUCUUCUGUACACCACUUCGGAAACUGCUUUGGCUCUUCCUCCAACCUCUAUUCUACAGUCUGAGACCACUGUAUGUGAACCCCAAAGCAAUUACACAGAUGGAAAUUUUUAAUGCCCUUGUGCAGUUUUCUGUGGAUUUUAUUAUUUUUUACCUUUGGGGACUCAAACCUAUUAUUUACUUAAUAGCAGGUACAAUUCUUUGCAUGGGCUUACAUCCCAUAUCUGGGCACUUCAUAGCAGAACACUACAUGUUCUUAAAAGGAUAUGAGACAUACUCUUAUUAUGGACCUCUGAACUGGCUCACCUUUAAUGUAGGCUAUCACAUGGAGCACCAUGAUUUCCCCAGUAUUCCUGGAAGCAAGUUGCCAAUGGUGAAGAAAAUAGCUGCAGAAUACUAUGACAACCUCCCCUACCACCAGUCCUGGAUCCGAGUCCUGUGGGACUUUGUAUUUGAUGACAGUAUCGGUCCUUACUCAAGGGUUAAGAGAAAAUGCAAACUGGCAAAAGAAAGCUAACGGACCAGCUCCAGCUGCUGCAGUGGCAUUUUGUUUGUUUGAAUGGUUUGAGUGCUCUGCAGAAGGAUGCUUUGCGUGUGCUUGGUGUAGUGUUGAUAUGUGCUCUUUGGACAAAGAGGAUGAGUGUCUGCACUAUUUAAAAUACUGAUACUUUUUAAUAAGGGAUAUUUUAUGUAACCUUGAAAAACUGGAUGAGAGCAAGCUACACUCACAUGAAUCUUGGUCUAGACUUAGAAUUAACUUCCUGGGACAUGUGUGUCCAAUUUGGAGUUUUGGCCUGCUCUGCAAUGAAGAAUAUUUGGUGCAUGAAUGGGCGUGCUUAUGUGUAGGUUAGGACUGGUUUCUCUUCAUGCCAAGUUAGAUGCAGAUGCUUUGCAUGCAUCAGACUGUGGAAGCAGGGAUGACUGGCAUGCAGUAGCAAAUGAUACUUUCUAGAGAACAUGAGGGUGCCUUCCUUCAACUCAAAGCAUUGCCUAAAUAUCUUGUGCCUGACAAUAGCUGCUUGCAGUGAUUUUGUAUAUGAAAUGGAAUUUUUUAAUAACUGAAUCAAUAUUAUUAUUAUCUGCUGUUUGACCUCUAUUUCAGGGCUUUUCCUAUACCUUUUCUGAGCCAUUUCUAUUCUUAGUAUUUGAUGUUCAGUGUAACUUACUAGCAGAGUUGAACUGAGAUGUGGAAAAACCCUUUCUUUAAUCUUCAGCUCACCGAUCAGCAAUGUGGCAUACCACAGCUCGAACUUGAGAAAUGGCUAAUCCUCUUCCACUCAUCCUUUCAACCGUAUUCAGAAUUUCAUAUUUCCUCGUACCUUUCACUACUAAAAGCCCCUCUGGGAGUGGAAGGGUUCUAGUUUAAAUUGCUCCUUAUAAGGGCUUUUACUAUUCCUGAUCAUCUUUCUUGGUCUUCUGUGUAUCGUACCUAUUUCUGUGAAUAGAAGUUAGGAGUCGCUAUCACUGAAGACGCUGGAGAUGUUAGGAACAAAUGUCACCAUAAUCACUUUCAGUGCAGUUCUAACUUUUUCUCCCUGUGAUUCAAUGGGAACUGACUCAGCAAUCAGGAAGCACGGAUACUCCAGCUAUAAAAGCCAUCACUAAUGGGAUUUAAAUGGGACGUGGUGCUGGUGUUGUUCCUCUCUACAUGCAGUAUGUUGUGCUAUUGACAUUGACCUAGAUCUGUCAUUUCUAGCCCUUAGAACAAUUCCAUCUUCCUGCCUCUCUUCUCCAACCACCAGCCUCUGGAUACCCUCAAUAAUAGUGUUUCAUGAAAAAACCUUAGUCACCAUGCCUUUCUCCAUGCAGAAUAUACUGAACAAUUUCUUGGGAGUUAGGAGCUGAUAUGUCAUCUAACAACUCCCCUGCACUCUGGAUAGCUGACUACUUAUAUCUGUCCUUGCUAAGUGGACAAAAGAGAACAGAUCUAUAAAGAUUCUCUUAUAAACUGACAGCUUAAUCCCUUUAGUGGUUUUGACUUUUUGUUUUCUUCUAGAAAUCCAUAUACGUUACAAAUGUGGAAUAAUAAUUCCCUUUAUGUUGAGCUCUCAAAGACCAUUACUGGGCCUGGGAUGCCUGAUUCCCUCAAUAAACACAGUUUUGUUCCUGUCUCCUACAGCACUGCAUCCAGUGAGUCAUAUUGGUAUGACUUUUUGGCAGUAGUUUGUCUCAGUCCUGCUAGCACUUCAUGAUCAGAUAUUUAACUUCCAAUGUCCUCAGCAAGUUGUUUCACAACUCUCAGCUAAUUUAGUAAGCAAACAUAAAAACAAUAUUAAAGAUUGUGUUCCUCAUUUUGCAUUACUCCUUUGUAGAAACUGACUUUUCUCUAGCUCCCUUAGCUGCUCCACAAUACCAUUAACCUACUUGAUCCGUAUGUUAAUAGCCGAGCCUGAUACAGAAGCUGCACUAUGAACUGAAGGUAAUCAAAGUUGUUGGCUGUUUCUCACCUGCAUAGCAGCCGUGUUCCUAUUCUGCUUUGUCACAGUCCUCCCAUUCUGCAGAGGAACUUGAAGGUGCUGAAAGUUCCUGCUAUCUGCUGUGCUCCCAAGUAGCAAAGCACCAGUUUAAGAGAGUCACUGGUCUCCUGGUGAGAUUAAUCACAGUUGCUCUCUACCCUUAGCACCUGACAGGUACACUCAGAACUUCACCACUCUGGGAUGGAUUUAUAGUGCUGAGUAAAGCACCUGGAGAUGGGACCAGGUGUUACUGCUUCUACCAGCCAAGCCCCCCUGCCCAUCCUGUUCACCUUGGAACUCUGCUCCCAUUAAAUGGCCCUGAACAAACUUCUGUUGACUGUCUUAAUGAUAGGAGGCCUGCAAAGGAGGGCAAGAAAAGCUCAUUUACAGCAAGUCCCUGGUGUUACCAUAGGAACAUACUUUAUCCAGACUGUACUCAACCUGGAUGACAGUGUGGUUAUUGCUGACUGUAGGUGUAGCACCACACUCCAAGGUAAAACAUGAACUGAGCCGGGGCCCAACUUUGUCAAGCUUAAGAAAGAUGAAUGGAGACUUUCACAGAAUGGCUGUGACUAUCUGUGAGGCAGAAGUUUAGAAGAGCGCUUGCUGUUGUCGGGUAUGCCAUCAAAUGGCAUAGGACAAGAGGUAAAGGCCUUAAAUUGCACAAGGGAAGGUUCCCAUUGAGUAUUAGGAAAACUUUCUCAGAAAGAGCAGUACUGCAUUGGCACAGGCUGCCCUGGGAGGUUGGGGGUCACUGUCCCAUGUUCAAGACAUGUGGAGGCGUGGCACUGAGGUGUAUUGUUGGUGGGCAUGGUGGGGUGGGUUGAUGGUUGGACUAAACGAUUUUAGAGGUCUUUUGCAAUCUUAAUUAUUCCAUGAAAUGGUUUUAUAAUUAAGAAACACAUGAGCUAUUGUACCAUAUUUAUACAGCAGACCAUAAUAAACUUCACUGAUGUUUGGCUGAGUUCUUUCUACCAGAAAGGCUCUUUCUCCUGGUCUUGGAGCUGCAGUGCUGUGUUUCACAUCCAUUCCUUUCUUCUUUAGUUCCCACGUAAACAUCUUAUCCUGCUGUCUAUCUUUCUCUAGCCAGUUGGGAAGCCAGCACUAAACAGCUAGCAGAUGUCAGGCUUGGACUGCAGACUGCCCUUCAAUUAAGCUUAAAUUUCCCUCAUUUAUCUAGUAUUUAGGUUUACAAUGUAACUGGGGAAAAAAAUGUUUUCUAGAAGACAGAUGGAGUGGCUUUGAAGAUUGCUGAAGGACAACUGCAAGCUCUCCAAGCCAAAGCAGAUAAAAGUUUAUAAGUAACCAGCAAGCCUGCCCCACCCCUGACUUCCCCGGCAUCCUGCUGCUUGAAGGCAGCCACACAGGAUCAUGGAAUUGGGUGAGAAGGGAGCCCUGGCCCAAGCCCUGCUCCAGCAGGGCACCACAGCAGCCUCCUGGUCCCUGCCUGAGGGCUGAGGAAUGACCAUGGCCCCCGGGACUCUGCAACAGCCCUCCUGGAUCUGGUUUACAACAUGAAGCCAUCAGGAAGGCUCAAAGCAAGACGGGGGCUCGGGAAACGCUGAUUUGCACAGCUUAACUCCCAUCACUUUGUGCCUUUUACAUAAAGCUGUCAAGGAGAUUGUAUGAUGGCUGCCGCCUUGUAAAUCUCACACCAAAUCAAGUCGAGCAGAAAUUCUCAAGAUUGCACUGAUGGAAAGAACGGUAGCAAAGAAAAGAACACGUGUGACCUGAUAGGUAAGAGCAAAUGUGUGAUGAACUGCUCAGCCAUGAUGAUCCAGCAUCCUGUACUCAUUUCUGAGACCUCAGUUUCCACAAAAUAAAGGUCAUCGAAGCUUGCACAGAGUUAACAGAUGGAAACAUGAAAUAUUAAUGAGUGACUCCUAUAAGCUUCUAGUUCAGCAGCACUGCAUGUGGGAUUUAUGCUUCGCUGUGGCCAUGCUGCCCUAAUGCCUUCAGCAGCCUUGAUCUGAAUGACCCCCUCUCCUCCCAAAAGCCCAAACAGGCACAAGUGGGGGAUGUGUGGGUUUUGUUUUUACUGAGGAGAUAGUGCAGGACAGUUAGUGGUGGCCUGAGGCAGCCAUAAAAUGCCAUCCUCCACUGAUCUCAGCACUCCCCAGGUGAGUCUUCAUCACCACCCUCCCCAGGCCAGUGAGGAAACAUAUCAGGUGACAUUAAGGUGGAGAAGCUGAAGGGGUAAACGAUAUAAACAAAGGCAGGGCCAUGUGGACAAUAAACAGUUUAUUACCAAUAUGAACACAGAUACUGUGAUGCAGACGUACCAUUUUUUUUUUUUAUAUUGUGAUAACUCUGA